AUGGACACAGACACAAACACAGACACAAAUGCACUCCUCCGCGAACGUUCCGAAGCAACCACCCAGCUGUACACAGACCCACACAAUCCGCACAGAUACCUCGACCGAGGCCGGAUACACGAGCGCCUGGGUUUCUCGGAUCUUGCGUCGGCGGAUGCGUACCGGGCUCUGUCAUUGCUGGAGUCGAUUGUUGAUCCAGAUGGGUGCGAGUUUCAGGCUAGGCGGCGGGUGGACAGUCCGCACGAGGAUCAGGAGGAGGAGGAUGAGGAGGGGGAAUUUGAGGAUAUAUCGCAGGAGGAAUACGACGGUAUGAUUGGGGCCGUGUAUGGGUUGCUUGUGAGGAGCUUGGUUCGGUGUGGGUGUUAUCGGGAUGCGUAUGAGUUCUGUGUGCGUGGGCUUGCGUUGUUGGAAGAUGGGGAUAUGGGUGUGGGUGCGGAGAAUGAGAUUGCUGGGUUGAAAGAGCAGCUGGGGAUACUGAAGAAGGUGUAUGCUGCGAAGCAUGGACUGAAAGAAGGUGAAGAGGAGGUGGUGGUGGACGCAAGCGUGCUGAAUGCGCAGGGCUACGCGAGGCGGGUGCUCUACCCGUGGAACACACAUGAGCCUGACCGCAAGGCGCCCGAGACGCUGAAUUUGCUGAACGAGAGGCUGAAGGAUGUUGCGCCCAAGUGCGAGGUUAGGGCCGUUGCGCUGCCCGCGUUGCAUGGCACGACUACUGCCCCAGCCUUGGGGUCUGACCAGAGUGCAGCAGAAGUCUCCGUUCAACUGGGCCUGUUCGCAAAGGAAGACAUCGCUCCCGGGGAGAUCCUGCUGCGCGAGUCGUCGCUGCUAACAGCCACCAACCGCCUCCACGAUGACCUCUGCGACGCCUGCAACGCUCCCUUGCCGGAGCUCUCGUCCGCAGAACCCCCCGUCGCGUGCGACGGCUGCGCCGACACCAUCUUCUGCAGCCAGAAGUGCCACGACACAGCCCAAACCGUCUACCACGGCGCCGUCUGCGGCCUCAUGGACAACCUCGAGUCGAUCGGCAAGGAUAUCCCCGACCCGAAGGACAAGGCCGAUUACCUGUACCUGCUGCUCCUUGGCCGGGCGAUCGCCAUGGCCGCCACGCAGGAUAUGCACCCGCUCGAUCUCCCAGAGGUGAAAUACAUCUGGGGCGACUUCCACGACCUCGAUCUCAACAACCCUUCAGACUCAGACGACCCCACCGCCACCCUCCCCUUCUCCUUCCAGCUCAACAUCCUCCAGCCGAUGCGCAUCCUCGAGGAAAUGGAACUGGACCCGUACGCCAACCUCCCCCGCUACGACACCUGGGUGCUCAACACGCUGUACGCCAAAUUCCGAGGCACCGCGUCAGGCCGCCUCUCCACCUGGGACGGCGGGCCGGAGCUCUGCGCCGUGCAUCCGCUCUGGUGUCUAGCGAACCACUCGUGUGACCCCAACGUGCGUUGGGAAUGGGGCGGCGAGAUUACGUUCCGGGCGCGGACGGAGGCCGAGCGAGCGGUGUGGAAGGGGGAGGGGGCGCCUGUGCGGCGGAGCGGCGAGGGGAUCAAGGCCGAUGAAGAGAUCCUGAACCAUUACUGUGAUAUUGGGCUUGAUGUGAAGGAGCGGAGGGAGUGGGCUAGGGGCGCGCUUGGGGGGUUGUGUCAGUGUGAGAGGUGUGUGUGGGAGGCUUCUACGGCGUAG